CCGGGCUUCGUGCAGUGAGGCUCGCUCGCGCGGCGGUCGCGGCGGUCGCGGCAGUCAAGGCCUCUUGGUUUUGCAGCACGUGACGGUUGUGCUGCCUCAGCCGUUGUCUUUACUGCAGCGCGGGGCCAGGUGUGCGGGCGGGAGGAGGCGCGGGUGCCGCCGGCUGUCCCCCCUGAGGCUCGAGGGCUUUCUUAAACCUGUUGUUGGCUGCUUGUGAAGCUGCGAGGUGUUCUGGUGUAACCGGGUAAAGGUCUGGAAUAGGACCGGGCCUCGUUGAUCAUGGAAGGGAAGUGGUUGCUGUGUGUGUUACUGGUCCUUGGAACUGCUCUUGUUCAGGCUCAUGAUGGACAUGACGAUGAUGUGAUUGACAUUGAGGAUGACCUUGAUGAUGUCAUUGAAGAGGUAGAAGACUCAAAACCGAAAGCAGAUACCAGCACUCCUCCAUCUCCAAAGGUCACCUACAAAGCUCCAGUUCCAACAGGGGAAGUGUAUUUUGCCGAUUGCUUUGACAGAGGAACUCUGUCAGGGUGGAUUUUAUCCAAAGCCAAGAAAGAUGACACUGAUGACGAAAUUGCCAAAUAUGAUGGAAAAUGGGAGGUAGAUGAAAUGAAGGAAACAAAACUUCCAGGCGAUAAAGGACUUGUAUUGAUGUCUCGAGCCAAGCAUCAUGCUAUCUCUGCUAAACUGAACAAGCCCUUCAUCUUUGAUACCAAGCCUCUCAUUGUUCAGUAUGAGGUUAAUUUCCAAAAUGGAAUAGAAUGUGGUGGUGCCUAUGUGAAACUACUUUCCAAAACCCCAGAGCUCAACCUGGAUCAGUUCCACGACAAGACCCCUUACACGAUUAUGUUUGGUCCAGAUAAAUGUGGAGAGGACUAUAAAUUGCACUUCAUCUUUCGCCACAAAAACCCCAAAACGGGUGUAUAUGAAGAAAAGCAUGCUAAGAGGCCAGAUGCAGAUCUGAAGACCUAUUUUACUGAUAAGAAAACACAUCUUUAUACAUUAAUCUUGAAUCCAGAUAAUAGUUUUGAAAUAUUAGUGGACCAGUCUGUUGUAAACAGUGGGAAUCUGUUAAAUGACAUGACUCCUCCUGUAAAUCCUUCACGUGAAAUUGAGGACCCAGAAGACCAGAAGCCUGAAGAUUGGGAUGAAAGACCAAAAAUACCAGAUCCUGAUGCUGUCAAACCAGAUGACUGGGAUGAAGAUGCCCCUGCUAAGAUUCCAGAUGAAGAAGCCACAAAGCCUGAAGGCUGGUUAGAUGAUGAGCCUGAAUAUGUACCUGAUCCAGAUGCAGAGAAGCCAGAGGAUUGGGAUGAAGAUAUGGAUGGAGAAUGGGAGGCUCCUCAGAUUGCCAACCCUAAGUGUGAGUCGGCUCCUGGGUGUGGUGUCUGGCAGCGACCUAUGAUUGACAACCCUAAUUAUAAGGGCAAAUGGAAGCCGCCCAUGAUUGACAAUCCUAACUACCAGGGAAUCUGGAAACCCCGGAAAAUACCAAAUCCAGAUUUCUUUGAAGAUCUGGAGCCUUUCAAGAUGACUCCUUUUAGUGCUGUUGGUUUAGAACUGUGGUCUAUGACCUCAGACAUUUUUUUUGACAACUUUAUUAUUUCUGGUGAUCGAAGAGUAGUUGACGAUUGGGCCAAUGAUGGAUGGGGUCUGAAGAAAGCUGCGGACGGGGCUGCUGAGCCAGGUGUAGUGGGGCAGAUGAUUGAGGCAGCCGAGGAGCGCCCAUGGCUCUGGGUGGUCUACAUUUUGACUGUAGCUCUGCCCGUAUUUCUUGUCAUCCUCUUCUGCUGUUCUGGAAAGAAACAGGCCAGUCCUGUGGAGUACAAGAAGACUGAUGCUCUUCAACCAGAUGUGAAGGAGGAUGAAGAAGAAAAGGAAGAGGAAAAGGAAAAGGGAGAUGAGGAGGAGGAAGGUGAAGAGAAACUUGAAGAGAAGCAAAAAAGUGAUGUUGAAGAAGAUGGUGGCACUGUCAGUCAAGAGGAGGAAGAUAGGAAACCUAAAGCAGAGGAGGAUGAAAUUUUGAACAGAUCACCAAGAAACAGAAAGCCGCGAAGAGAGUGAAACAAUCUUAAGAACUUGAUCUGUGAUUUCCUCUCCCUGCCCUUCCCCUGCAAAGUGUGGGUCCUAGGAGAGGACCUGGCACAUCUUAGGUUGAAACUCAGAAAACCUUCAGAGUCACCAUCAACAGGUUCCAGUUGAACACUAGCCCGUGUAAUUUUAAACAUCUAGCAGUAAAUAAUUGCAGUUGUGACAUAAAGGACCCUGUUUCUGUAGAAAGAAAGCAUUUAACAUAAUGGUUGUGAAAUGUAACAUGAAGCAACUAACUUGUAUUUUUUUGUUUUUAAACAUCUUUGUUUUUUAAAAUAGAGUGAUAGAACUUUGUCAGUCUUUAAAAAUCUUGGCUUAAUUUAAUAUAUUAAUCUGUCCAUGCAGAAAUAACACCAACCUUUAAAAAUGCUAGGGGGCUGAAUUUGAAGUAACUGAUUUUGUUUUUUAAGUUUGGUAUUACAAAACAUUCACGUGUCUUUGUCCCUUAAAAUUGAUAAUCAUGUUUAAAGUGCAGUCAUUUGUGGUUAUAAUCUUGUUUUGCUUGCUUCCAUUAUUCAAUUCCUCCUAAGGAAAUUGAGGAGAGUGAUUGGAUGGAAGCCCAAAUUUAUAUAAAGGUUCUGUUAAAAUUGUAUUAAAAAUAGACAUACAAAAAGAAAAAAAUUUUUCACUUGAUGUUGGUUAGGCCAUUAAGUAUGUGUGUUCUUUUGCCUUUGGAACAGUUCAGUUCCCAGACAGCUUUGCAGUUAGUGGAGGAGGUGGCAUAAUGUGGCGCUCGGGCAUUCAUUCGUCACACCCUGGGAGUGUCUGGGCUCCAGCCUUCUCAAGCAGGUGGCUUCUUAAGGAACGCUACCAGAGUAGAUGCAGAUGUUUUCAUCACAUCUUCCACUGUGUUGACACUGUUUUUACCUUCUCAAUUUCCCCAAAUUCCCAGCUUUCUCCUCUGCUAUGCAUUGUCUUCACAGCGCAGCUUGCAGUCCGUUGCUGAAAAUGCUUAUGAGCUCUGCAUAGUGAUAAGCUUUACUGUGAUUAUGUGUAUGUUUCUUUUUCCUUUAUUAAGCAGACCCACACCUUUCCAGGGUCAAAGUACACGAUAGAAUAGUGUCCUUCAUCUUUACCAUUUCUUUUACUCCGUGUAAAGACUUUAGAAGUCUAAUCCAGAGGCGAGCCAAUUCAGAAUUGACUGUAAUUGAACACAGGCUAAAAGUAUUUAUGGAGGAGUGACUUUUAGCAUGAGUUUUCUGAUUUUUGUAGCUGCUAAAUCUUUUAAGUCUUUAUUUGCAGUUCAUGUAACAGUUCUGUCUUAGAUUACAUGAUAAAGCAGUCCUGUUCACAUUUUUUUUUAAGUAUGUGGCUUGUAGAAUUUUUAAUAAAUGAUCUUAGGUUUGUUUUUUCAUGUGGAAUGCAGAUGGGUGCUAUCAGAGCCUCUCCCCCAUCACUAUAGUGUAAUAACAUCAUUAUUACACCACACUGAAAUGUAUUCAGAAUUAGAUUUUUUUUUAGCUUUAUUGUUUCUUCAGAGGUGUUUCAAAUGUACCGAUGAUACUGUUCCUUGCACUGAAUAUAUAAACACUCCAGAGUGUUUAUAUUGGGGAGAUAUUGGGGAGGAAGUAUAUUCAUAAAAGAUGAAGGCUGUAUCUGUUUAUUUUGUUUAUCUUCAGUUUUUUACUGGUUCACUUAAAUUCUUAUGAGGGUGGGAUGCAUUUUUCUUACUGUUGAGUGCUUUAUCCUUCUCAUCUGUUGUUCUGUGGUCACAGUGACCUUAGCUAUGUAGCAGACUUUCCCAAAUGUAUUGAGUGCAAAUAAACAGUUACUUAGCAAGACCUGAAAAUAUGUCUGCAGGUUUCUCCUUGAAGCAAGUGUGUGGGAUCAUUGCAUUUCCAGAAAUCUGCCUUCUUCACCCUCCAUUGACAUUACGGUUUCUUCCAGCUGAGCUGUGGAAUAACAAGUGUAAAUCAGUAGACUGUUCAUUUGCCUUUCCAAGGGUAAUUUAGCAACGUUUGUCCAAAAAAAGACAGACAAAACAAAAAGUCAUUUCUUGGUUUUCUUUUCACUCUUUGUUGAAGGUGCAGCCUUCUGAUUAGAAGUCUGACACAUUAAUGAAUGACCAGCAGCAGUAUUCAGCUCUUUAAAAGGCACUUACAUUAUGAUUUUACAUGCUGGUUAUUUGUCCCAUUGUUGUAAAAUGCCCACUCCAUCAGAUGUGUUCCUCAGUUUCUCUCAUCCAUAAAAUACUCUUCACUUUUCUCAAAUUGUUGCGUUACUAAAUGGUAUUACAUUAAAGCCCUGUGUUAAGCA